AUGCAUGAUCGACUUAUUCAGGAAGGUUCACAUUUGAAAACAAUUGGACAAGGUGAUUCUCACGUGGGUUCUACACGGUGUCGGUUAUACGUCUUGAUAUCGGAAACAUAUGAGAAGAUGUAUCGCUAUUACAGAGAUAUUCGAUGGCAGGCUAUCCUGGACAACAUCAAGAUUUUCGUGAGUGUGAAUGACAAAUCUACUGAUCGAUUGAAAGGACGUAAUACUAAUAUUCGUCCUGUGUACAUAAUGAUGGUACUAGUUUUAGGCAUUGUGUUAUUUAUGAUAUUAACUCGCUCGCACCUCGCCAGUUCGGAAAUAUCUUCAAUGUCCACAGGAACCCUGGGAAAAUUGGUUAAGUUCCCUCACUGCCAAUUCACAGCAGGUGCAAAACGAUGCAUUCCGGACGUUAUCAUCAUCGGUGCCAUCAAAUGCGGGGCACAGGCUCUCUUGGAGUUUCUAGACGUCCACCCGCAGAUCGCUGCUGUGAGACUGGAAACGCAUUUCUUUGAUAAAGGUUUCGACAAAGGCUAUAACUGGUACUUGAACUUGAUGCCAAUAUCUUCCUCAAAAGAUAAACGAACGAUUGAGAAGACGUCCACCUAUUAUUUGUCGGAAGAAAACCCAAUAAGAAUACAUGCAUCUCUGUCUGAACACUGCAAGCUGAUAUUUGUAGUUUGUGACCCCAUACAACGCGCACUGUCUCACUAUGCUUAUAUGUUUAAUUUCUAUCGCAAGUCUGGUACCCUUGCUAAGAUCAUUGAAGACAACAGAUAUGAUGGAAUAUUGAAAACAUUUGGCAGCACGGUUUUAAAUUUAGACCAACAAUCAGUGAAUGAGACUAGGCUGAUAGUGAAAGCUGGAAUGUAUGCCCCAGUAUUACACAAAUGGUUAGACCAGUUUGAUAAAAAACAAAUUCUAAUUGUUGAUGGAAACACAUUGGCCUCCAGUCCUGCCAAAGAAUUGCAGUUGGUGGAGAAUUUUAUAGCUCUCAAACCGUUUUUCCGAGAUGACAAUUUCCAACUCAACCAGGCGAAUAAUUUAUCGUGUAUGGUGAAACCAGUUGAGCAUUGCGUGACAUUGCCAUCGAUUGCACCAACUGAUAUGCAUGUCCCGGAUGUAGAAUAUGAGGUUAUACAAAUGUUAAAAUCAUUUUAUAUGCCAUUUAACAAAGAACUCCAAGAAUUUUGCGGACGUCUGUUCUCAUGGGCUUAG